AUGCUCCAAAGCGUCCCUCUGUGUCAGUGAGUCCGUCUGAGAUAGAGGAGGGCAGCUCAGUCAAUCUGACCUGCAGCAGUGACGCUAACCCAGCAGCUAACUACACCUGGUACAAGGAGAACGAAGACUCACCAAAAGCAUCCGGACAGAUCUUCACCAUCACCGACUUCAGAUCUGAACACAGCGGGAAUUAUUACUGCGAAGCCGAGAACAACAGAGGACGACGUAACUCCACCUUACACCUGAUUACUGUGGCAGGAUCAUGGACGUUAAUAGCUGCUGCCACAAUCCCUGCUACUCUUCUCGCCAUUGUACUCAUCUCUGCCGUUUUCUGCAUCAUAAAGAAAAGGGACUCCAAGUACGCAUCUGCAGGGAGACCAGACGACAGGGAGCAGAUACAACUAGCAGAGCAGCCGAAAGAACUUCACUACGCCACCGUUCAGUUUUCCAAAAAACCCUCUCAGCCCAGAGGAUACCAAGAAACAGAGAAGGUCGUGUACGCCGUUGUGAACUUCAACGGUGGCAGUCCGGCAUCGAGCUCAGAGCAGGAGGCUGCGGAGGAUUCAGCUGCGUUGUACAGCACAGUCAACAAAAACAGGGAUCAAUAGUCCACUUUCCAUCGAUGGUAAAAUCUUAAUGACAAGAAACCACACUGAUUUAAAACAUGUUUCUCUGGACAGCCUUCUGCAAGAACACAGCGAGACCACACAUUUAAAACAAUCUGCAAAAGCAAUCUGCAUUUUUGUGGGCCGCAUAAUAGAUGUGCCAAAAGAGGCCAACGGUGGGACAUGUUUCUCAAAUCUCAAAGGCUGUAUAUAAAAAUGGACGACAUGAAA